AUGGAAGAUGCGGCAAUUGAAACUCACGAGAUCACGGCCACCGAUACCGGUGUCGAGAUGAUCAACGGCACUCCCUACAUGCAGGAUGCCAAAGGCAAUCUGGUCCCGCUCGAUAAUGUGAAACCCCAGCACAAGCUUGAAGACGAGACGGUUCGCAAGGUCAUUGAUUUUGCGGAAAGCCUGUCAGCGGAAAUCGGUCGGUUCCGCAAUCACACUUUUGCGGACCUGUUCAGCUUGACUGCGGUGUUGGCGCAGGAAUACGGCUCCAGCAAGGGUGGUGCGAAAGGCAACACCACGUAUCAGACCUUCGACGGCUGCAUGAAAGUGCAGGUACAAGUCUCUGAUCUGGUUGACUUCGGUCCGGAAAUCCAGGUCGCCAAAACUUUGAUCGACGAAUGCCUGAAUGAAUGGGCUGCAGACAGCAGGCCCGAGAUCCGCUCGAUCGUCACGCGCGCCUUCAACACCGACAAGGAAGGCCAGAUCAACAAGUCCGAAAUCUUCAUGCUGAUGCGCAUGGAAAGCGAAGACGAGCGCUGGCAGAAGGCAAUGAAGGCCCUGAAAGAUGCCAUCCGCGUCACAGGCUCCAAGAGCUAUCUGCGUUUUUAUAAGCGAGACGCUCCAGACGCAGACUGGACCACCAUCACCAUCGACAUUGCCAAGGCGGCUUAA